AUGUCAGCGACCGCGGCGUCUUCGUCGUUGAAAGCCCUCACCUGUAGCUGCUCCAACUUCAUCGACGGCUCGUCACAAGCCGACCCUUUGCUCCCAGUCGCAGUCAUCGUCACAAUCGGGAGAGAGAGAUUUGGCCCCACUCGCAGAGAGAAUGUCGCCGAUCUCGUGAUUCUCAUUCCGCUACCGGUAAUGAGGCUGCAAUGUCUUGAAGCUUGUUCGGUCGUCCAAGUCAGUUCCACCCAGCUUUCAUGUUUCCGAAGACCCUGCUGGUUCCUAUGUUUGUCGAGAUGCAUUGUCAUUGUUGCGGCCCGGUCGUCUUCAUCAAGCACUCACGGCCAUCACAUUGAAGAACUUUAA